AUGAAGUGGCUGGGAGAAUCCAAGAACAUGGUGGUGAAUGGCAGGAGAAGUGGAAGCAAGUCGUCUAAUGACCAUGCGCAGAAUCAGACCAAACUGCAGCAUGCAGGAAAGGAGAAUCCGAAGACAGGCAAAAAUGGAGUUGAGAGAAGAUCAAGCAGAUGUAGCGGUGCUUCAGGAUUUGAGGGUCAAAGUCGUUAUGUGCCUUCCUCUGGAAUGUCUGCCAAGGAACUGUGUGAAAACGAUGACCUAGCAACUAGUUUGGUUCUUGAUCCCUAUUUAGGUUUUCAGACACACAAAAUGAAUACUAGAUUUCGACCUAUUAAAGGAAGGCAAGAAGAACUAAAAGAGGUGAUUGAACGUUUUAAGAAAGAUGAGCACUUAGAAAAAGCCUUCAAGUCCUUGACGUCAGGUGACUGGGCCCGGCACUAUUUUCUUAACAAGAACAAAAUGCAGGAAAGGUUGUUCAAGGAACAUGUAUUUAUUUAUUUACGAAUGUUUGCAACUGACAGUGGGUUUGAGAUACUGCCUUGUAAUCGGUAUUCUUCUGAGCAGAAUGGAGCCAAAAUUGUUGCAACAAAAGAAUGGAAACGAAAUGAUAAAAUAGAAUUACUUGUGGGCUGUAUUGCUGAACUAUCAGAAAUGGAAGAAAACAUGCUGCUGAGACAUGGGGAAAAUGACUUCAGUGUUAUGUAUUCCACACGGAAAAACUGUGCGCAACUGUGGCUUGGUCCUGCUGCAUUUAUCAAUCAUGAUUGCAGACCUAACUGUAAGUUUGUAUCAACGGGCAGAGAUACAGCAUGUGUGAAAGCUCUAAGAGAUAUUGAACCUGGAGAAGAAAUCUCUUGUUACUACGGAGAUGGGUUUUUUGGAGAAAAUAAUGAAUACUGCGAAUGUUACACCUGUGAAAGGUAUGAUUGAUGUAAAUAAGUUUCAAAUGGAAUUG